AUGUCAGACCCUUUCAAAGGACAAGAAGAUUUAUCUGAUGACGAUGAUCACUGGAGAGACCCUCACAUUGGUGAAACACUUGCUCCAUCCACGCGAUUCUCUAAUACUUUUGACGACAGUUCGACGCUUGUUAGUGGAAGAAGCAGUAGAGCAUCUACAGCCAUGGAAUCUUUUGUCAGCGUUCGUCCGUCAGGUAAACCUGACGACUAUUGGGUUCUACCUCCACAUUGUACCAUAACAGAUAUCUUGGGUCCUGGACGUGCUCGCUUCAAAGAGAUGAUGCGUUCGACUGGCGCUUACAUGUCUUAUAAUGACACUUUGCAUCAAAUAGACCUCUGGGGCGAUCCUUUAUGUAUCGAUAAAGCAAAGCACAGUUUGAACAUGAUUGCUAAUCGUAUUGCAGAACUUGACGUCACUUUACUUCGUAAAACAAAGAAAUGGAGUCGACCUGAUCGUGAAUUGACCAUUGAAGAAAAGAGAAGAGAAGAGAAGAGACAGCAGAGGAUUCUUGAAGAAAAGAAAUAUCUAGGCGAGCCUACUGAGAAACUCCCUUAUUAUUCAGUUUAUUACUCACCCAGUGAUGCUGUUUCUAUCAACCGUAUUGUUGGCAACAAUGAUUCCUAUUUGAAUCAAAUACGAAUUGACUGCAAAACAUAUAUUGAAUAUGAUGCUCAGAAUCGCAUCUUUAGGUUGUAUUCAAAUGACGAAGCCAAUAUCAAGGCAGCGUCUGCUCGUCUCCGUAACUGGCACCUGCGUUGUUGUCGUGAACCUGAAGCCGGUGUGGCAAGAUUAAUGCAGCAACCAAGCGCUAACUUGGCGCUCAAAUAUCGAAAGCUACCACCUGAUUUUGUUCUCUAUGACUAUAUACCUCCACACAGAGAACAAGAGCUUCGAGAUAGAUCACGUAUGUUUGAAACAAUCACCACUGGUUUCGAAGCCAACAUAGCCUAUUGGAACGCGAGCGUGGAGGACAGUUUGAUUUCAUUAAAUGACAGUCAACAGAUGAGAGGUGCUCUCUCCGAAAAAGCUAAAACAUUGGACAAAAGAAAUGAAGAGGUGAUUCAGCGAUUACUCGACAGAGGCUUAGAAAGCAUACGUCUAAAAGAUUGGGAUAUUCGAAUGAAAAUUCGCUUUGGCACAAUUUAUUUGGUAGAUUAUCCUAAAAAGGAUCAGAUGCAUUUGACUAUUGAAGAGGUCAGCGAUAAUAUGUUUAAGAAAAAAAGGUUCAAGUCUGCUUUGGCGCCAUGUAUGAGUAAAUCACUUGAAAACCUUGAUAUGCUCUUUGAAUACCUUGGAACCAAGGCACAAGAAUUCUCUGAGAAUCCCAAGACAUCCUUUGUCAUAUUGGCUCAUCAAUACCCCAUUGCUGCCUCUCCAGCAGAUUUACGCAAGAAGGAUGUCAAUCGAGGAGAAAUGUGGAAAACGCGUACGGAGGUCGCAUUUACAGAUAAGGGUGAACGUGGAUUGUGGAGUACAGUAACUCAGUGCACAGACCUGGUAGACAUUAGUUGUUUUAAUGCUGAACAGCCUUACUCCUGGGACUUGAAGGUGCAGUUUGCUCGAAGUCUUCCUUAUGAUGAUGUGAAUGCUCCCCAUGAAAAGUUCUCAAAGAAUCUAAAACUGAGCCCUUCUGGGCGUCUUAUAAUGACCCCUGUUUUCGAUUAUAAUCCCAAGAUAGUCAAGCAAAAGACAAAAUGGAGAUAUAGCUGGUAUGACUUCACUAUUGAAAUAUGUCAAGAGGAGUUAUGGGAUUUGAACGAAAUCAAGCGAGAGGAUAAAACUUUGCCUUUGGACUUUUCAGAAUUUAAACCUAAUCAUAAACAAUUCAAGAUUUCGAUGUACAAGGAGCAAUGGGUGGACAGGUUUGCAGAAAAUCUUCGUUUGGGAGUAGGUGAGGCCCCUUCCUGGACUAUACGUGACUUCUUGGGCACAGAAGAAGAGAAUGUGCACACAAUAGUACAUAAUGCCAAACAAUUUGGACAAAUAUUGGCUAGCGUGGUACCUGUGUACUUUGAGCAGUCUGCUGCUUCUCUCGUAUAA